CAGAACUCUUCUGUUCCUUGAUGAAAAGAACCGUCCAGAUAUCAUCGUUCCAUGGAACUGAAAUAUUGGUGAAUUAGUCCAGGUUCCCUAAAGGACUGUAAAAUGGAGCCAAUAACAUUCAAAGUUAAAAAGUAUCAAACACCUAGUGAUUUCUCAGCAAGUUUCAGUCUCCAGCUCGUUGGUUCUCUGCCAGUGCAUUCCCUAACCACCAUGUCAAUGCUGCCUUGGAUUGUGGCAGAGAUCCGCAGGCUCAGUACAAAGUCUUCCAAAGAAGAACCUAGCGUCAGCCAAAUACGACUUUACGUUUCACCAGCAAGUUUGCGAUGUGAACCAGACACAGGGAAAAUCCAGCAGUGGGAUCCUUUGAUUUAUUCAAGUUUGUUUGAAUACAAGCCACAGCACGUCCACAAACUGAUUCACAACAGCCAUGAUCCAAGCUACUUUGCUUGUCUGAUAAAGGAUGGAGCAGCAAAUCAGCGAAGUAUCUGCUAUGUAUUUAAAGCUGAUGAUCAGACAAAAGUGCCUGAGAUUAUAAGCUCUAUUCGACAAGCUGGAAAAAUUGCUCGUCAAGAAGAGUUUCAGAAUAAUCUCUCAGAUGUUGAAGAUCCUUUUGCCAAAAAGUUUGAGGUGCUGUUCUGUGGACGGGUGACAGUAGCACAUAAAAAUGCACCUCCAGCACUUAUAGAUGAAUGCAUUGAGAAAUUUAAUCGUGCAAGCUGUAUAAAAAAAUCAGAUUUCAAUUCAUUGUCCCAACAACAUGAAACUGCCAAUAACUUUGGAGGCUUCUCUUUCAGCAACAAGUUUCGGUCUGUCUUCCAGCCCUUGGUCAGUGAAGAAGAGGAGAAAAGGCCAAUUAGGAAAUCUUUUUCUCAGCCUGGGCUUCGUUCCUUUGCUUUUAAGAAGGAUUUGCAAGAGGGGGGCCAGAGGAGUAACAGCUUUGUCAGGUCUUUUGAAGAAGAUGCAAUUUCACUGAACCUAAAAAGUCAACUUAUCUAUGGACACAGUGUUGUGCAACCAACAGACAUUGCAGAAAACCGGACGAUGUUGUUUACGAUUGGCCAGUCUGAAGUUUACCUUAUCAGUCCUGACACAAAAAAAGUAGCAAUUGAAAAAAGCUUUAAAGAAAUAUCCUUUUGUUCUCAGGGAAUUAGACAUGUGGAUCACUUUGGGUUCAUCUGCAGAGAGUCUUCAGAAAAUGGAGGCUUCCACUUUGUUUGCUACGUGUUUCAGUGUACAGAUGAAGCACUGGUUGAUGAAAUCAUGAUGACAUUGAAACAGGCUUUCACUGUAGCUGCUGUGCAGCAAACUUCCAAGGCACAGCCCCAGCUCUGUGAAGGAUGUCCUAUGCAAAGCUUGCAUAAACUCUGUGAAAAGAUAGAAGGGUUACACCCUUCUAAGACUAAAAUAGAACUACAAAAGCAUCUAACAACACUAAAUAACCAGGAGCAGGCCUCUGUGUUUGAAGAGGUUAAGAAAUUAAGACCAAGAAAUGAUCAAAAAGAGAAUGAGUUGGUUAUCUCUGUUUUGAGAAACAUGUAUGAGGAAAAACAGAAGGACCAUGUUCAUGUUGGAGAUGCAAAACAGGUAAGUAAUCAUCCAGUUUCAGUUCAUGUGCCCAGCAGUGCUCCGAGAUUCAGACUAGAUAUGUUAAAGAACAAAGCAAAAAGAUCUCUGACAGAAUCAUUUGAAAGUAUUUUAUCACGUGGCAGUAAAGCCCGAGGUCCGCUGGACAGUUCUGGUGCUGUGGAUUUGGGCAGCUCCACAUCCAGUACCUUAAGCAGCACAAAUAAAGAACCACCAUUGUGUGAAAAGGAGAAAGACAGACUUCCUGCACUUCCUACAGAAAAUGCUGUCAAGACCAGUGGAUCAGUGGGUGAUCUCUCCAGCGAUGCAGAUGAUUCUCCCAUUGAGCAGUCUGUUACAUUACCUCAGCAAAGCUUUCGGAGGCGAGCAAACACACUGAGUCAUUUGCCAACGGAAAGCCAGGAAUCUCUGGUACCUGUUGAAACAUCACCAUCUGUUCCCCAGAGGAAACUUAUGAGCGACUACGAAUCCAAACACAGCCAGCAGGCCAUUGGUGCAGACAGCCCUGUAAGGACUCGACGGCAUUCAUGGAGGCAACAGAUCUUCCUGCGAGUGGCAACCCCUCAGAAAGCGUGUGAUUCUCCCAGCCGAUAUGAUGAUUACUCCGAAUUGGGAGAACUUCCACCGAGAUCCCCAUUGGAACCAGUGUGUGAAGAUGGCCCCUUUGGGCCAGUGAAAGAAGAAAGGAAGCGCACACCUCGUGAGCUUCGCGAGUUGUGGAAGAAAGCCAUUAUUCAGCAGAUACUCCUCCUCAGAAUGGAGAAAGAAAACCAGAAGUUACAAGCUUCAGAAAACAAUUUGCAGAACAGACGUCUGAAACUUGACUAUGAAGAAAUCACACCAUGCUUAAAAGAUGUAACUUUGAUUUGGGAAAAAAUGUUGAGUACACCUGGAAGGUCAAAGAUUAAAUUUGAUGUGGAAAAAAUACACUCUGCUGUUGGGCAAGGAGUACCACGUCACCACCGUGGGGAGAUCUGGAAGUUUCUAGCAGAGCAAUACCAUCUUAAACAUCAGUUUCCAAGUAAACAACAACCAAAGGACACACCUUAUAAAGAGCUCCUAAAACAACUAACUUCCCAGCAACAUGCAAUACUUAUUGACUUAGGGCGCACAUUUCCAACGCAUCCGUACUUCUCGGCACAGCUGGGAGCUGGGCAGCUGUCACUCUACAAUAUUUUGAAGGCCUAUUCGCUUCUGGACCAGGAAGUAGGUUAUUGCCAGGGCCUUAGUUUUGUAGCAGGAGUUUUACUACUUCAUAUGAGUGAAGAAGAUGCUUUUAAAAUGCUGAAGUUUCUCAUGUUUGACGUGGGCCUGAGAAAACAAUAUCGUCCUGACAUGACAAUUUUACAGAUCCAGAUGUAUCAACUGUCUCGGCUUCUUCAUGACUACCAUCGAGAUCUCUAUAACCACCUAGAGGAACAUGAGAUUGGCCCCAGCCUCUAUGCUGCUCCCUGGUUUCUCACCAUGUUUGCUUCACAGUUUCCCCUCGGAUUUGUAGCCAGAGUGUUUGACAUGCUCUUUCUUCAAGGUUCAGAGGCUAUAUUUAAAGUGGCUUUAAGCCUUUUGGGAAGCCACAAGCCCUUGAUUCUGCAGCAUGAAAACCUAGAAACUAUUGUUGAUUUUAUUAAAAGCACUCUCCCCAACUUGGGUUUGGUACAGAUGGAGAAGACCAUUAGUCAGGUGUUUGAAAUGGAUAUUGCCAAGCAGUUGCAAGCUUAUGAAGUUGAAUACCAUGUGCUUCAGGAUGAGCUUAUAGAUUCAUCUUUAAAUGACAAUCAGAGACUGGAUAAAUUAGAAAAGGCAAACAGUAGCUUGCGCAAACAAAACUUUGAUCUCCUCGAAGAACUGCAGGUGGCUAAUGGAAAGAUCCAAAACCUCGAAGCUACAGUAGAGCUUUUAUUGACCAAUGAAGGUAAAUUGAAGCAGUCCAUUCUCACUCUUGAGCAGGAGCGAGCAGCUUUGCUGAAAGCAGUGGAAGAGAUGCAGAAAAAGAUUGGUGACACAGAUGGGAAGCCUCUACUUACUAGACAGCAACACAUGGAUGCUGACUGACAUUGACAGUUGUAAUGGAGUAGAGAAGCUGAGCAAGAAACAAAGGGAAGAACUGGGUCUUUUUGUCAUGAUCCAUGGGGAUUUGACAUUGUCACCUUCAUUGUACAUGCCUUACUGCAGCAAAGCAAGACACAGGCAUGGUGGCUUCCCAUACCAGAGAAGCUGGUUUCUCGGGGAGAAGGCUCUUUCUUCUUAGUAUGUAGAAAUACUAUGAACAGUAAGAUGCCACAUAAUACUAAGCAGGAGAAACUUAAUAGUGCGUGCAGUCCUACCCAGUACACUGUAAAGAUGUCACGGAGUCUUCCAUAAGUGCUUCUUAACCUAAGUGCUUUGUGUUCAUCACAUAUUUUGUUUGUGUGUAGUUCGCCACCAUGUUAAAUAGCUCAUCGUUUAGAAGGUCCUUUGAAGAAAUAUGACAGUUUAAAACCUUUCAGUGAAUGACUGCCCCAUUGCAGCUAUGAGGUGGUAACAUUUACAGAGAGCUUUGUGAUUGGACUCGAGAUAUUUUUGACAGUUUAAUUCCCCUACAGCUUGACUGGGUUCUGUUAAUUAUGUUGUUUACGCUUCAGAAAACUGCUUCCUGAUGCUUGAAGGUGUCAAUCCAUUGAACUCCAGGGAGCUGGACUUCAUCGUAUGUAACUAUGCAUAAUUGGGGGGUUGCCAUCCGUUUUUAUAAGUAUGUUGUUUUAGUACAUCUUUUGUUUAACAAUCAUUAAUUUUGUGUAUUGUUAGUUGGCAUUAUCUGAUAAACAUACUGUAUAUAGUAACUACAUUAUGCUUAACAAAAUACACUGACAUUGGUUUGGUGAAGCCUGUGACUUGCAGCAUCAUCCAAGGUUUUAUAUUCAGACUCUUCAGCUUUCAUCUUAUUUAUUUCUGGUCUGUUGUGUGAUGUAAGACAUCCUUUUGCUGGGGAACUAAUGCCCACUGUCAUGUUUUUCCCCUUAUUUGGUACUCUGUGCCCUCCCAUCCUCUGGGAAAUGUUAUUCUUUAAGACUUUUUCUGGAGUAGUGGAGGCAUUUCAACAGCUUCGUGUUGUGCCAGAUAUGCUUAAACUGUUUUAUAAAGGGUAUGGCAGUUUAAAUUAGGACAUCGUUGUUUUUACAAUGCAUCUUUUGAGUAAGAUUGCACAUGUUCAAAAACAAAAUAAAAAAUUCUAAUUUUCCUUAAUACAAUGAAAAUAGUUAUCAGGCCAGUUAAAGCAUCACUGCUACAAGUGCAAUAAUAUCCAUGGGUAUCCAGUUGUUUGGGUUUGCUUCAGAAUUAGCAAUAGUGCCAUAGUUUUGUUCAGUCCCCCAAGAACAGAGUUAACAGGCAUCAGUGUUUUGUUAUGGUAGAGAUUCACCCAGGAGAUGUGAUUUUUACUUUUUUUUUUCUUAAGUUGAUGUUUUUAUUUUUAAAACUUCAAAGCACACAUUUUUUUCUUUUUUGGCAAUGUAGAAGAGGUUUUGUUUUGCUUUUUCCUUUUCUCAUGCAAAUCCCCCUGAUGCAUUGUGGUUGUAGUUUAGCAGGAGAGCUGUAACCUUCCUCUACUGUGCAGAGCAAAUACCUCUAUGUAGGUCAAAAAGAAAAAGAGAAUUUACUCUUCAAUUUCUAGAAGCUUUGUUUGGCUCUGUCGUGUCUUAAAUAUGUCUGAUUCUCGCAAAUCCACUCUGUACUCGCUUAGUAUUGAAAUUUCAGAUAAAUCAGUUAUUAUUAAUCCAUUUACCUCUUAGGCUUGUUUUUUUUUUUAAUCUGGAAAUCCAUAUUGAAGCUCAUGCUUCAUGUUUAAAAUAUUGUCGUAAUGGACCUCAUACUGUUAGAGCACUCAGUAAUAUUGCAUUUUUACAGCAUAGUGCCAUAAUUCAUCCACUGACUUUUUAACAAGAGCAAUAAAAAUAAUAAUAAUCUAUGCCUA